AUGGGGCCUAUCGAGUUGAACAAACGGCGCAUCUUCAUCUUGUUCGCCGCCAUCAUUGCUUUUUACAUUGUCUUUCACGGGAUCAGCCUCUCUGGGGACAGCCUACGCGAUGUCUCUGCUUACAUUCCUCUCCCUGGGAACCUGCAGCCCACCGAACCCAAACAGCCAACCACUACCGACCCAGAUGAGAUAUGGGAUCUAGACCCUCCUCCACCGGCCGCUUCAAAGCCUCCUACCGAGCCCUCUGCGCCAGCUGUUCCAUCUUCGGCACCUGUACAGCAUUUCGACCUCCACCCGAUCGCACAGCUGAUGCAAAAGGCCGACGAGCAAUGGAGGACUUACGAGACUGGCAUCUCGACGUCUUUUAGACAGACUGUGGACAAAUACCGAAGUCGUUAUGGCAGACACCCUCCGCCGGGAUUCAAGGAGUGGUACAAGUUCGCGCGCAAUCGGAAUGUUUUCAACAUCGACGACUUUGAUCAGAUUAUGGAUGAUCUGAGGCCGUUUUGGGCUGUCAAUGCCUCCGAGAUCCGAAUCAGAGCUGCGCACAUGUGGGAAAACGACAAAAUGGGUGUUUCGGUCAUUCACAUACGUGAUCACAAGGUCUCUCGCAUCGACUUCCCUAGUUGGAGGUCAGAGACCAUGGCACAGGUGAUCGAGAAAUUUAUUGAAUUCCUUCCCGAUAUGGACAUUGCCAUGAAUCGCCUGGACCAACCCCGGGUAGUGGUGCCUUGGGAGGACAUGCAGAAGAUGCUACAGCUGGAGUAUGGCACGCGCUCGAUGCCUCCCGAAGUUCUGGACAACUUUACCCUGCAUCAACCCGAUUUACUGGACAUGACUAUUGAGAACAAGGAAGAUGACAAGUCAACAAGGCUUGACGAUGGAUGGUUUUACGCUCCCGGACAGCAGUACAUGAAGAUUGCGUCGAAAGCCUGCCCGCCAGAAUCUCCGGCACGGUCUAACAUAUCCAUCGCUGCGGCCGAUAAACUGUACAAGGAGCCCCUUGCUGGCCUCAUCAGCAAUUUCAACUUAUCCUCUGAUCUCUGUACUGUUGGCCCAGCCGUCCAGGACUUGCACGGCAUCCUCUAUUCGGCUAGCAGUAUGAUAGCCUCUCAUCAACUUGUUCCUAUCUUUGGGGAAUGCAAGGUCAAUGUCAACAGUGACAUUCUCUUCCCCGCAAACAUGUACUACCGCCACGAUGAGCGAUAUGACUAUAAUGACAAAGAGGAUGUCGAUUGGCGAGAUAAAGAAGACACCGUCAUCUGGCGUGGUGUCACCUCGGGAGGUGUCCAGCUUCAGCAAAACUGGCAGACUAUGCAUCGACAACGACUGGUACAACUGAUGAACGGCACCCACACUUUACAAACGGGAAGGAAUGUAAAGGUUCUCACUGAAAAACGAGAAGAUCUGGACAAGCAAAACACCACGUAUGAAGCCUACGACCACUUCCAGCCUGCACACUUUGCCAAUCAACACAGCGAUGUUGGUUUUGUUGAGGCCUGGGGAUGCGUGCCAAACUGCAGUUUCUACGACACCGUCUUUUCGUGGAAACCACAAGUCUCAUUGACAUCUCAAUUCAAGUCAAAAUACUUGAUCGACGUAGACGGGCACUCUUUCUCUGGCCGCUGGCACGCUUUUCUACAAAGCAAGAGUCUCGGCUUGAAAGCGACAAUCUUCCGUGAAUGGCAUGACAGUCGGUUACUGGCAUGGAGACAUUUUGUCCCCGUCGACAACCGCUACGAUGAUAUCUACUCUUUGCUAACGUACUUUGUCGGUUACGGCGAACCCAACAUAGAGCAUGCUAUUGAGAAGAACGAUCUGAAUCCGGAUGUGUACAUUUCGCCGCAUCCCCAGGAAGCCCAGAAGCUCGCCAGACAGGGCCGCGAGUGGGCAAAUAAGGUGCUCCGACGUGAGGAUAUAGAAGUCUAUAUGUUCAGACUGCUCCUGGAGUAUGGACGGCUCAUUGAUGACAACAGAGACCACAUCGGAUACUCGGGAGAUGGUAGUGAACUGGACAAAUUUGAUGCCGGCAACGACAAGGCACCUGGGAGAUGGGGAUUUGGUGGCUGGAAGGAGUGA